GACCAGGCCGUUCCGCCGCCGGAGCGCGAGGCCCGGCGCGCGUCGCCCAACCGCCUCGCCGGUUCCGGGUGUUCGGGGGCCCCGGGGUGCGGCCCACCCCCGCCCACCUCAAACCUUGGGACCCUCGGACCUCGCCUCUGAAGCCCGCCCUGAGGCUCACGGGAAAGUCUCAAGCACUUCAUUUUGUGUCCCCAAAGCUUUGUCCGUACCUUAACGGUUUGGUAUUAUUUGUUGUGCAUUUGGCUCAAAACAAAGGGGGAGCUUGACUUCACAAGCUACUUGUGACAGAAAACUACAAAUCCCAUGAGGCAGUGGAGCUGCGGGACCACGACUCCCAGCAGGCUCCGCGAGACUCCGGCACCUUUAGGCGCAGGCGCUCCGUGCCGGGGCGGAGCAGCUUUGUGGGAUGGCCGCGUCUGAGGAGGAGCCUGAAGCCCCCUUGGAGCCCCUGGACAUCGCCUGCGGCCUGGAGAACGUGCCAGUUAGCGUGUGGCCCUCGGGGGCGGUGCCAGAGCCUUUCCAGUACACUCCCGAGCUCGUGGCUGGGCCCGGCGCGGACACGGACCCCGCCGAGAUCACCUUCCCCGGGUGCGUCUGCCUGCACCGCCCCUGCGUCCCCGGCUCCUGCUCCUGCCUCCGUCACGCCGAGAACUACGACGAGGACGCGCGCCUCAGAGUCCUGGGCUCGGCAGCCGGGUGCGCGCAGCCGGUCUUCGAGUGCAACGCGAUGUGCCCCUGCCCGGAGCGCUGCGCCAACCGAGUGGUCCAGCGGGGCGUGCAGCUCCGCCUGCAGGUGUUCAGGACGCGUCGCAAGGGCUGGGGGCUGCGCACGCUGGAGUUCGUCCCGCGAGGCCGCUUCGUCUGCGAGUACGCCGGCGAGGUGUUGGGGCCCUCGGAAGCGCGGAGAAGAAUUGGGAUGCAAACUCCGCUCGACGCGAAUUACAUCAUAGCUGUCCGGGAGCACGCGUGCAGCGGGCCGGUGAUGGAGACGUUUGUGGACCCUGCGCGGAUCGGUAACGUGGGGCGGUUCCUGAACCACUCCUGCGAGCCCAACCUGCUCAUGGUGCCGGUCCGCGUGGACUCGAUGGUGCCGAGGCUGGCGCUCUUUGCAGCCAGGGACAUUUGGCCCGGAGAAGAGCUCGCUUACGACUAUUCAGGGAGAUUCCUGAACCGAACGGACGGCGAAGACGGAGGAAGGCCCGAGGACGGGAAACUAAGAAAACCUUGUUACUGCGGCUCCAGAGUGUGCUCCGCCCUCCUGCCCUUCGACGGGUCUCUGUACUGGGCCCCGGAACCGCCGGGCGCCGGUCAGGGAGGACAAGUGCGGGAGACGCGCGCCUGCCCUCCCCGGACAGGAGGGAGUGAGGGGGCGGCCCCUGCAGGUCCCUCCCAGUGAGCGCGACAGGAAUCAGGGAAGGGUGUGACCGCUUCCACCCGGAAAACUCUAGGCGGGGACCGCCAGGCACACAACCGAAAGUCACCAGAGGACGUGGCUGUGGAAUGUUCGCGGUGCACGUCGGGUCUCCGCACAAGCUCACGUCUUCCCGCGGCAGGGACGUGAACACCCCACAGGCCGGCCACGGCCCCCACGGGAACGGGCUCGUCGAGCCCCAGUCCAGCUCCUAGAGGGCGGGCGUCUGUUGGCUCCUUCUUCAA